GAAUUCCUACCGUCAGUCGCCGCCCGAAGCAGGCCGCCCAAAGACGUGCCUUCGUCAUCCGUUUGCACUUCUAUCAUACCGGGUUUUAGUUUCGUAUCACGAUGACAUAGCUCCAGUGCCGUGCGACAUAUCGACGUGGAAGCGCACAUAACAUUUUUAAGUUUUUUCGUUGGAACGAGGAAGCCGUAAAGGUCUACGUUUUUGCAGAACUAGGGACGACCUACUCCGCUCCAUCGACGAACACAGCGACUAGAGGCGGAUUAUACUUUUAACACCGCCUUUUCAAUACACUUGCGAAAAUGGGCGAGCAUGGCCGUACCGACUCGUACCGCGUCGCAACCAUCGGCCCCAUUAAGGAUGAUAAUAGAACAGCUGAUGGACAUUACAAGACACGACGAAAACCACCCGCGAAAAAACGGAAACCCGGAGAUUUAGAUGAUCUUAAACAAGAAUUGGACAUUGACUACCACAAAGUUACUCCCGAAGAACUCUACCAAAGAUUUCAAACGCAUCCAGAAAAUGGCCUCAGUCAUGCAAAAGCGAAAGAAAACUUGGAAAGAGAUGGUCCAAACGCACUCACACCCCCAAAACAGACGCCCGAAUGGGUGAAGUUUUGUAAAAAUCUAUUCGGUGGUUUCGCGUUAUUACUGUGGAUUGGUGCUAUUCUAUGCUUUAUUGCCUACGGAAUUCAGGCGAGUACGGUAGAGGAGCCCGCAGACGACAACUUGUACCUUGGUAUUGUAUUAGCCGCUGUAGUCAUUGUAACUGGUAUCUUCUCAUACUACCAAGAAAGCAAGUCAUCGAAAAUUAUGGAAUCCUUCAAGAACAUGGUGCCCCAGUUCGCAACUGUCAUUCGUGAGGGUGAAAAGUUAACACUACGAGCUGAAGAUCUUGUGCUUGGCGACAUUGUUGAGGUUAAAUUCGGCGACCGGAUCCCAGCUGACGUCCGUAUCAUUGAAUCGCGAGGCUUCAAAGUGGAUAACUCAAGUUUAACUGGUGAAUCGGAGCCCCAAUCUCGCGGAGCAGAGUUUACGAACGAGAACCCAUUGGAAACCAAAAACUUGGCCUUUUUCUCUACCAACGCUGUAGAAGGCACCGCUAAAGGAAUUGUGAUUUGCUGCGGAGACAACACUGUCAUGGGACGUAUCGCUGGUCUGGCUUCCGGUCUGGACACUGGAGAGACCCCUAUCGCUAAGGAAAUCCACCACUUUAUCCAUUUGAUUACCGGUGUAGCCGUAUUCCUUGGUGUCACAUUUUUCGUAAUCGCAUUUAUCCUUGGCUACCACUGGCUCGACGCUGUCAUUUUCCUUAUUGGUAUCAUCGUAGCUAACGUACCAGAAGGUCUUCUGGCCACCGUAACAGUAUGUCUGACUCUCACUGCCAAACGUAUGGCUUCCAAGAACUGCCUUGUUAAGAACUUGGAGGCCGUCGAGACUCUCGGAUCAACGUCCACCAUUUGUUCUGAUAAGACUGGUACCUUAACCCAGAACAGAAUGACCGUCGCUCACAUGUGGUUUGACAACCAGAUUAUUGAAGCGGACACGACUGAAGAUCAGUCUGGAGUUCAAUACGACCGCACUAGCCCUGGAUUCAAGGCCCUCGCUAAAAUCGCAACUCUGUGUAACCGUGCUGAAUUCAAGGGUGGCCAAGAUGGUGUGCCAAUAUUGAAGAAGGAAGUUGCCGGUGACGCGUCCGAGGCUGCUUUGCUUAAAUGUAUGGAACUUGCGUUGGGAGAUGUUUUGUCAAUCAGAAAGAGGAACAAGAAAGUCUGCGAAAUUCCCUUCAACUCCACCAACAAAUACCAAGUAUCUAUCCACGAGAGCGAUGACCCCAGCGACCCCAGACACCUGUUGGUGAUGAAGGGAGCCCCUGAAAGGAUUUUGGAACGAUGCAGCACUAUUUUCAUUGGUGGCAAGGAAAAGGUUUUGGACGAGGAAAUGAAGGAAGCUUUCAACAACGCGUACUUGGAACUGGGAGGUCUUGGCGAGCGAGUGCUUGGUUUCUGUGACUUGCAGCUGCCUUCAGACAAGUACCCAAUUGGUUUUAAGUUCAACACUGAUGACGUCAACUUCCCAAUUGACAACCUUCGCUUCGUUGGCCUCAUGAGUAUGAUUGACCCUCCCCGUGCUGCCGUACCUGAUGCUGUUGCCAAGUGCCGAUCUGCUGGAAUCAAGGUUAUCAUGGUGACUGGAGACCAUCCCAUCACAGCCAAAGCCAUCGCCAAGUCUGUAGGUAUCAUUUCUGAAGGCAACGAAACGGUUGAAGAUAUCGCAGCGCGUCUGAACAUACCCGUCUCUGAAGUGAACCCACGUGAAGCAAAGGCCGCUGUCGUCCACGGAACUGAAUUGAGAGAACUUAACUCCGACCAGUUAGAUGAAAUUCUCAAGUACCACACCGAAAUCGUAUUCGCCCGUACAUCACCACAGCAGAAGCUGAUCAUCGUUGAGGGUUGCCAGCGUCUCGGUGCCAUUGUGGCUGUGACCGGAGAUGGUGUCAACGACUCGCCCGCUUUGAAGAAGGCUGAUAUCGGUGUUGCCAUGGGUAUCGCUGGAUCUGAUGUGUCGAAACAGGCUGCCGACAUGAUUCUUCUCGACGACAACUUUGCCUCAAUCGUAACUGGUGUAGAGGAGGGUCGGCUGAUCUUCGAUAACCUGAAGAAGUCCAUCGCUUACACCCUGACUUCUAAUAUUCCUGAAAUUUCACCCUUCCUGGCCUUCAUCCUUUGUGAUAUUCCUCUGCCCCUCGGCACUGUCACUAUCCUUUGCAUCGAUCUCGGAACCGACAUGGUACCAGCUAUUGCCCUUGCGUAUGAAGAAGCCGAGGCGGAUAUAAUGAAAAGACCGCCUAGGAACCCAUUUUGCGACAAACUAGUCAAUGAGAGGUUGAUUUCGAUGGCUUACGGCCAGAUAGGAAUGAUCCAAGCCGCCGCCGGUUUCUUCGUCUACUUUGUGAUCAUGGCUGAGAAUGGUUUCUUGCCCUUGAAACUCUUCGGUAUAAGAAAGCAGUGGGAUUCGAAGGCUAUCAAUGAUUUGACUGACUCCUACGGACAAGAAUGGACAUACCGAGACCGCAAAGCUCUGGAGUACACCUGCCACACAGCUUUCUUCGUCUCCAUCGUGGUGGUGCAAUGGGCCGACUUGAUCAUUUGUAAGACCCGUCGUAACUCCAUCGUGCACCAGGGAAUGCGCAACUGGGCCCUCAACUUCGGUCUGAUCUUCGAGACCGCCCUCGCCGCAUUCCUGUCCUACACUCCCGGGAUGGACAAGGGUCUCAGGAUGUAUCCCCUAAAGUUCGUGUGGUGGCUGCCGGCCAUUCCCUUCAUGCUGUCGAUCUUCAUCUACGACGAGAUCCGGCGCUUCUACCUCCGCCGCAACCCCGGCGGUUGGUUGGAGCAAGAGACCUACUAUUAAGCUGCCCUGUCCACGCGUCGUGCAACUGUUAGUUAUCGCGUUACCUUCAUUUGUGUUCUCGUCCCAGACUGACAGAGGUCGCGGUGCCGUUCCGGUGUUUGUGUAAUCGCUGUCGUGUUCGCUUAUCACCGCUUGUUGCGUACCGUCUACGUACACGCCGGCCCGCGCCGAUCGCCCGGCCCUCUAUGUAUAUAUUGUGCACGGUGUGUGUGGUGUCGACGUAUCGUUUCUCUUCCGAUUAGGAUUGGACAUUUCGAGGAAUCUCGUUCGGUAUUCGGUUGAAUCUCAGUCGUCCAGCGAGGGCGACGGCGACAGCGGACCGCGGUCUCUCGCGCAUUAGUUCACACACACUCGAGUACAGUACUAAUACGUUGUUUUUCACCUACGCAAUAAGUAAUAGUCGCCGAGAGCCGCCGCCGCGCCGUCGGCCGACGCUCGGCGGCCAACGAAAGCAUUUGUUGUAAAAUUACAUUUAAGCCAUUUAUAUUAUUUUAAGUGAUGUUAGGUUAAGUUGAAUUUCGGUGUGAAUAAGAUUUAGUUGACGAUUCAAUCGGGUGCGUGGUGCGUGUGAGGUGGGUGUGGUGUGCCCGGCUCUAGUGAACUACCGCUUACUGUUAGGUAGGUAGUUGAAAUUUCGAAGCCAUAUUUUCAAUCGUAAAGUAGUUAAAAGUAAAGGAGCAUACACAACGCGACGCUUGCGACGGACAUCCGUCGCCGACACGACGCUUUUCUUUUUCUCGACUAAUCAGAUCAUUAGAGAUUUCGUCAUGUUUAUAAAAUAGUCUGCUCAUGGUAAUUGUGUAAGAUUUUAUUUCUUAAAUUAAUUAAAUGAUAAUAAACAAAUGUAGAGAAUGCGUAAUUAGAGAUUUUUAAAAUUAUACAGUUACGAUAGAGUCAUCUUGUUUUCGUCGACGCACGGCUCUUCUAUGUUUGUAGGAUGGUAGGUACGGAUAGGAUGGGCGUGGUAGGGCGUGGCGUACACCAUGGAAGGACCGAGUGGACGAUUCAUUUCAAUUUCGUAACGAAUACAUAUAACAUACUAUAAUAAUGGUUACAGAAGUAAUAUAUAACAUUAUAGUAACUAAUAAAUCUAAAUUAUAUGAAAUGUUUAUAGAUUUAAUGAUUGUUUCCUUAGAGUGAUCUUCUGUGCUUGUUCGAUUGGAACGAUGUACAUUUCACUGACAAUAGUCGUUAAACAUUAUUGAUAUUAUUGUAAUGAUCGGAUCUUUGUAAGUUUGUUUAAUGUACGUACACGGUAGAACUAAUAUUGUUUUGCGUUCGACAGUUCUUUACACCAUUUUUCGUUUAUAGUAUUACUCUGUUGGCUAGGUGCGCUGUAAAAAUGUAAGUGUUAAUAAAAAAAACAUUUUCAAAAUAUUA